UGAGCCAGUGCGCCUGAGUGCGGGUUGCUGCCACCGUGUGCCACGGGCGGCGCAGUUGUUGGUAGUGUGUGAUGAGCACAAGCACGGGAGCCUGUUGAAACUAGGAUUGACAAACUUCACCGUGCAGUCAGUGUCAUCCCUCCACGCCUGACACCUCAUGCGACUCUGCCUGGAAUAGGGCAGCCAUAAGGAAGGAUAGUGAUGUUUGAUGGUGGUAUUUGAAGGUAUGUAUUGUGCUAUUUUCAAGUUAAUGAAGUAAACGGUUAUAUAGGGCCAAAAAGCAUCAGUAAUUGCUUUAACCGUUGAGAAGGUGUGUGCAAAGUUUGAUGUCUCAUUUAUAGGGAAAAGUGACUUAUCAAUUUUAACCAAGUAAACAAGGGAGAACAAAAGGCAGGAAAAUGGUGGUAGUGUUAAUAAUGGUGGUGGUGGUGGUGGUUGGCAUCUCCCGCGCGGUGGCAAGGCAAUAGGGGGCAGCAGGUGGAUAUGCCCGCAGUGCCGGGGCGUGGACACAGCUGGUGAUAGCUUCUUGGCGAUCCUUGACCACCCGCACUUGGGCAAAUGUUUUGUUUUGGAGGCAUCACACACUACCAAGAUCAUGUAAUUUCUUUAAGGAGGGGAAUUCUGCAAGUCACCUGAAAUCCAAACAAAAGCUCCUAUCUGCCAUUGUUACGGCUAUAUUAUGAAAAUAAUAUGGAAGAUCAUAAGCUAUGAAGGUGUCCCAGACAUCUCAGCCAUGGCAGAUCUAUAUCAGAGUAGCCUCCUGGAACCCACCGCGCCGCCAGAAUACCUACUACAGAGACGUGCCACAAAGAACUCACCUAAGGUAGUUAGCGGAAAGGAAAGUAAUGACAAGGAAAAGACACCGGCCUCCAGUACUUCUUCCCGCACUGGUCACUCCCUCACCCCACUCUUCAACUAUUUUACAAAACGUCGAAAAAUCAACAAUAACAAUAACAACAAUAAUAAUAAUGAUAACAAAUUCAGUCAUGACCACUCCUCUCAGGCAGCAGUGACGCUUCGAGACAACUCUCAUUCCAGGCAGGUAGUGAGUGGAGGGAAAAGAUUUGCUUUCUUUCGAAGUAAACAAACUUCGGAACCUCCUUCUGUAAGAGACUCUACUGAGGGCACAGCUGCUUCAGAAAGGAAGGAUACAGCAUCGUCUCAAAAGUCCCAGUUUGAUACUAAACAGCCAGAGAGUUUGGAGCCUCAAGCCAAAGAUGAAAUGGAAGUGUUGUGUCACGGACUGAUGGAAAAAACAGAGUCAUUUAGCAAAAAGUGUCUCCUCUCCCAUUCAGGUCAUGAGACAGAUUCGGACUCAGAAUCAGUUGUCUCCGAAAAACGAAGCAAUCAGAUGCAGUUUGACGAGACUGACAAGUGUGCUGGCGUAUCUGUCAUGCAAGAGCAACUGAAUAGCAUUAAUCUCAAGCGAUGUAUGGACGCCACGAUGCCUCAGUCCAUAGGUUCAACAACACUCCCAGCUCACUCUGAAAGUCUCUCUAUCCCACCUGUGAUCGAGGAGAUUGAGGAGGCUAGCGUUGACGAACCGCCAGUCAUCGAAGUCAUCUUACCUCAGCGAGAGCCUGCUGUUAAAUCGUCGUCAGGAAUACAGCCUAUGCAAAGCAUGGACGGCAACAUCAGUGUUCAUAAUAAUGUAAAGAAACGCCGCAAGCUGCGGCACAUCCUGCGACAUUUCCUCAACAUGAACAGCAGCUUUGUAAAAGAGGAUAAACAACGGUUAGUGGAAGACGAGGAAGAAGACGACGAAGAGGAGGAGCAUGAGAUGGUUGAGACCGCCAUUGACGAACAGGAGUGCCAAGGAGACAACACGUGUCCCGUCUCGAAAACACCACUAACUCAAGAUGGCACAGACGCUGUGACUCCCGAGAAGAAGAGGCAGCCCGGAACGAAAGGCCAUUGUCGGGGAUGGGGCCACCGCGUCCGACGCUCUCUGGGCCGCGGGUGUCACUACCUCGGGCUGAGCGUCCUCAACAUCACCAACUACAUAGUGGCUGAGGCUACCUUCAUGGGCUCUGUCAAUACCAGCAGAAACUACGACUGGGAUUACAUCUACAACACCAACGAGUACGGGGUGAAAGACUACAUGUACGACUAGAUGAUGGCGAUGACAACCACAACCUCGCCCCCAUUAAGACAGUGAAUCAUGUGUUGUUUUGUUCACUUAAUGCAGUUGUCGGCUUACAGCAACACCGCAGUUAUAAGUGUUAUUCCUUUGGUUCUGAAUGUGUUCUCAUAUUGCUGAAGGACUGUAAACUGUAUAUCAGAAUUAAUUUGCUUUCCUCGUCUUUUUACUGUCCAUUCGUUACCAUUCUUUUUUUUAUGUAAUACGUACCAUUUGCAUUAUACUUUCUUUCCUUUACUGUUUUGUUCAUCAAUAACCAAACAAAGUACGAGAGUUAGGUGUCAUUCCUCGUCGCUUUUGAGGCUGUUAACUAAUAUACGUACAAAUUUAUUCUCCCCACGUAGCCUGCAGCCUCAUCAUUGCCUUCUCACGAACACUCCGCCCAUCAAGAUUCAUGAACAAAAACAAGAGAACUAUUAAGUCGCAGUUUGACAUGAUUCUAGGGCAAAGCGGCAUCGCAACCUCGUUAUUAUAAACGUAGUAACACGUAAAACGGAUUUGUACAGUAUUGUCAUUCUUCUAUUCAAAUCAAAUGACUGAAGGACGUGUUUGCGGCUCUUUCCGAAGAAAUUUCUUCAUCUUUUUUUUACUGCAUUUUUGUGUCCAUUAUCACACUUUAAGACAUAAUUCGCUUUACCUUCUUGAUCCGGUAUGGUGUUCACCGCCCACGUUCUGACCUCCCUUUCCCCUUCAUGAUUGCCUCAUUGCAUCACACUCGCUUUUCCUUCAUCACUCUUCAUCCUCUCCCUCUCCACACACACACUCCAUUUCUCUACAGUGUGUGUGUGUGUGUGUGUGUGUGUGUGUGUGUGUGUGUGUGUGUGUGUGUGUGUGUGUGAGUGUGUGUGUGUGUUUCCUAUAGACACACUAUUACCAUGCAGAAGCCAUCCUAUACUCACUCGUCUAAGCAUCCUACGUACGUCAACAAAAUCCCGCUGUUCAUAUUAAUCAUAUUACACACACACACACACACACACACACACACACACACACACACACACACACACACACACACACACACACACAUAUAUAUAUAUAUAUAUAUAUAUAUAUAUAUAUAUAUAUAUAUAUAUAUAUAUAUAUAUAUAUAUAUAUAUAAACACAAGCUGAUGCGUUAAUGAGUAUAGUACGUACAUAUCUUGCAUCAGCUUGGGCUUCCCUACCACCCACUCUACACAUUUUUCUAGUUAUACUAUGCAUACAACAAUCAUUCUAUAGAGCUCCACCUUCCUCGUCAGCAAGUCGCUUCAUCGCAGGGACAAGAAACGCCCACAGUCUCAAUACAGCAGCCGCACCUCCACCACCACCACACCACUGCCACACAACACAAACGUCAUCACUCAUCAUUGUCAUCAUAUUGUCACAAGCAUCAUCGUUACUCCUGAUUCACCAUGCACCCACCAUCACCCGCAUCGUAAGGAAGGAAAUAUUCAUCAUAAACAUCAUCUAUCAUGGCAGCGUGCACUUUAGUAACGUUCGUUACCAUUCACAAAGUGUGUAUUAGACCUCACUGCGUUAUAGACUGUCAGUUAAUAGCCAGAACAAACCUGUCAAUGAUUACGUUUAGCUUUUGUCGUGACCAAAGUACAACAUAUCAAAAGAGCCAGCCAUACGAUUUACAAGUCACAUCUCAAUCAGUAAGUUCUUUGAUAUGCUGGGGAUAAAUUCUAACAUACUGGAAACAGCACUCAGGGAUGUACUCUUGAACACUUUGGUGCCUUAUCUCGAAAAAAAAAAAAAAAAAAUCAACAACCUCUAGUCAACGGGAAGUCCCUGAUAGAAGAUCUUAAAAGUGUUUUCAUGAUUAUGAAGAUGAAUUAAAACUGGUUUCUCAUCAUCAGUUGAGGAAAAACAUGCAUGAAAAUCCAAAUAAUUAUUGCUAUGGCUUUUAGCUUUGGCGACAGUCGUGAUGAAAGAAUAAAACAAAAGUGUUUAGAAACGUUGACAUCAGUACUCUGCAUGGCUUAAACCUAACCAUGCCUUCCGCCACGUUCUCACCACCCUACAUCCUCAGUCACCUCAAAUCACUCUGCCUCAUUAUCAUCAUCAUUAUCAUCCACUACCCUUUGCGUACUGCAUACAACAGGUGCAAAAAGUUAUCUCUACAUUGUAAUUUUUUUUUUAAACCUGAUCUAAUUAUUGCUGCAUCACCUCAGUUUAUGCACUUUGUGUUGUUCGGUCAGCAUGCCUAGAUACGUAAGCCGUCUUAUCAAUACUUUGUUCAACUUGUUAGUUGUCAUGAUUUUAUGGUAUAGAGUAAUUAUGCUGUAAUGACUGAUAUAUUUUCCCUUUUCUAUCUUUUACUCUUACUUUUUCAUUCUGUUAGAAUAUUAUGUUAAUUGUGAAGGCGACUGUUAUUGUUAUUUUUUAAGAUUAUGUUUAAAAUUUUGUUCUCCCAA